AUGGAGAUUGUGAUCAAGGUCAAGUACGGGGAUACCUUAAGGCGCUUCAAUGCAAGUGUUGUGGAUCAGGAACUUGCUCUUAACAUGGAUGGACUGAGAGAGAAGAUUCUUUCCCUCUUUAACUUUUCUCGUAAUAAAGAGCUUACGCUAACUUAUAUUGACGAAGAUGGUGAUGUGGUGACACUUGUGGAUGAUGAAGAUCUCCGUGAUGUGGUGAGGCAGGCCCUAAAUCCUUUGAGGAUUACUGUGAAAUUGAAUGCUGAAAAGAGCAGCAGACCUUAUACUCGGUCAAGUGGAAGUUCUACUCCCCUGACAUCUCCUGGUGUCCAGCCACCUUUCCAAAUGUUGAAGUCCAAUAUUUCUGAAAUUUUGAAAUCAGUACCAGAGCCUCUAGCUAAAGCACCAGGGAUAGCUGAGCUGGUCGAUAGCUUUUCAAAGACGGGAUUGUCAGCUUACCUUAGUAAACUCUCGGAGUCCCAAAUUUCUGGAAGCACCUCAGAUGCAACAAAGACUAAAGAUGCAGAUUGUUCAAAUGUUUCACCUGUCACAUCGAAGGACUUUCAAACCACAUCUGAAGAGCCAUCCUUGAGAAGCAACAAGGAUUUACCAAAACUUAAACCUGAGCACCAAAUACGUUCUGACAAAAUAAAACAUGAUAAGGUGAUACCAGAAAAAGAUUCUACAGAGUUAAAUAAGCCCAGUGUUCCUCGCCUAGGACCGAAGCCCCCCAACAUGGUUGGUUCCAUUAAAUAUCCUGAUUCUGAGAAGUGGUGCACUCCCAAUGAUGGGAUAAAAAAUGUGUUUCACAGUGGCAUUGGGAAGUCUCGUGAUUCGCAUCUUGAUCCUAGCUUCAUUGUUGAAUGUCCAUUUGCCGGGAUACCUCUGAGAAAUGACUUUGAUAUGCCACCUCCAUCUGGUUCUCAUGGAUGCCCGUUCAAAAGGAGCAAUAGUCAGAGUGACAGUAAUGCAAUCUUCCAUAGAGGUAUCUGUUGUGAUGGUUGUGGGGUUCAUCCAAUAGCCGGCAUUAGGUUCAAGUCGAAAGUUAAAGAGGACUACGAUCUGUGCAGCAUCUGCUUUGCAAAAAUGGGAAAUGACACUGACUACAUCAGCAUUGACCGUCCAGUGGCUUAUCGGCACUCCUCUUUCAAGGGGCCUCGUCACUUUCAUGAGCAUUCUCCAACAAUACCACCAGUCUUCAGGGGCUGCAAGGGCAGUGCACCUUUGAAGCUGGAUAGUCGCUUCAUUCAGGAUGUGAAUAUCCUGGAUGGUACUAUUGUGGCUCCUUUGACCCCAUUUACCAAGAUUUGGCGGAUGAGGAACAGUGGUACUCUUGUGUGGCCACAGAAAACAAAACUUGUAUGGAUUGGAGGGGACAAAUUAGGUGAUGUGUGUUCCGUUGAGGUUGAGAUUCCAGCAGCUGGUUUGGCUGUAGACCAGGAGCUUGAUGUGGCAGUGGACUUUGUUGCUCCAGAGCUUCCUGGCCGCUAUCUCUCAUAUUGGAGGAUGGCCUCACCCGCUGGCCAAAAGUUUGGGCAACGUGUUUGGGUUCUCAUCCAGGUGGAUACUUCUCCUACAGAGCCGUUACAUGAAAUUGUUCCCGGCUUGAACCUAAACCUGCCUCCCGUCAGCAAUGGCGCAACAGUCCCUGAAAUAAUAUAUGAGGACUCCAACCCCGUAGUGGACAAGCACCAUGAGCCUGACAACUCCGACAAGACAUCUGAGUCUGGGCAACAAGUACUCGAGGUGCAACCAAACACUGAGCAGGAUGUGAAAUUCCCUACUAAUAAUAGCUUGUUGGUUGGCGGCGGCGAGUCGAGCUCUGUUCCAUUUGCACCUCCUCCUUCUGGCUUAUAUCCUAUUAUCGAUCUUUCUGAAGUAGAACCAGCAUUGGCUCAUCCAACUCUCUUUGUGCCUUCCGCUGCAUCGACUGCUGUUAUAAAUGCUCAGGCGUCUGCUCAAGGAGUUAUGGAAAUGAAUGAAGUUGAGGGAAAACUCCUCAGGGAACUUGAGGAUAUGGGUUUCAAACAGGUUGAUCAGAACAAGGAGGUCUUGAGGACUAACGAGUAUGACUUGGAGCUAUCUGUGGAUGAACUUUGUGGAGUUUUUGAAUGGGAUCCUAUACUGGAGGAGCUGCAGGAGAUGGGUUUCCAGGAUACAGAAAUGAACAAGAAACUGCUGAAGAAGAACAAUGGAAGUAUCAAGCGUGUGGUCAUGGAUCUUAUUACUGGAGAGAGAUAG